ACGACCUUGUACGAGGAGCUGGGGGUGCCGGAUAACGCGGCCGAGGGCACGAUUCGCCGGGCGUACUAUCUCUUGUCCAAGAUUCAUCAUCCCGAUCGGCAGAACGGGACCGAUGGCACGUCUGCCUCGACGCCAGAGCGCUUUCUUGCCAUCGCCGCUGCCUACAAAGUGUUGAUCGACCCAGAGCAGCGACGUCGCUACGAC